AUGUUUGCUUUUAAACUCAUCAAUAUUCCUUAUGAAAUUUCCGUUUACGCCAUAUUAUUCGAAUUGACUUACAACUGUGACGUGCACGACUCUAGAAUACUGGGUAGUGACGAUGUUUUGUUUGAGUUUGUGAACCUCAAAGAUAUGAUAAAUUUUGGACCACUUACUGAGAUUUACUUAGACAGAAUAUUAAGUUAUUUUUCGACCAGCACAUUAUCGGACUCUAUUAAAAUAAAUACUUUGCUUAAUAAUUUAUCAGACGAGGUCUUUGACAACAUUAAAUCAAUUUGUUCCGAUACCGACAUACUAGAUCUUAAAAUUGUGACUAAAAAGUUAACUUACCUUUUACCUGUGCAAGAUAAAAACAUUUUAAUAAAUAAAUUUAACUUAUUACAGCAGAACUCGAGUGAGAAUUUCAUACAAUGGUACAUAAGAUCCGAUAAAGAUAAAAACUUUUACAAUAGAAAUAGAAACGACAACAAUAAUUAUUUUAGACCUGAUAAUAAUUUUAGAAAUAAUUUUAGAAAUAAUUAUGAUAAUAGAGAUAGAAAUAGGUAUUACAAUAAUAAUUUUAGAUACAAUGAUAGGAAUUACGGUAAUAAUAAUUCGAGAUACCACGAUAAUUAUAACAACUAUAACUACAAUAACUAUCGCUAUAACAAUAAUAAUCAAUCUAAUUAUGCUGACGGAAAUCGUAACAAUUACCAAUCUUAUUACAACAAUUCAAAUAAUUAUAGAGGUAGUGACAAUAAUCAGAGAAAGCAAAUACAAUAUAACAACAACUCAAAUAAUUAUAGAGGUGGCGACAACAAUAAUAGAAAGCAAAUACAAUACAACAAUGAUUAUAAUAUGAAUAUUGAAGAAAUUAUUGAAGAGAAAGUUGACUCUACAAAGAACAAAAAUGAUAAUGAUUUCAAUGUUAAGAACUUAUCUGGUGAUCAAUGA